UUAUGCUUUUUAAUUGUCAAGGAUUCUUGAUUGCAAAUGAUUAAUCUAAACACUAAGUUUCCCUGAAUGCAUCUCCAUUAGGGUUAACCAUAAAAGUAAAAACCAAAUCAACUUAAAUAGAUGACAAGUACAGAUUCUUAAAUAGCUUUCAUCCCGCGUGGGACUAUUGACAGUAUACUAACAUGGUUUCGCUCUAUUAACGAAGGUAUAUUUAAUUACUAAUUUUAAGUCAACAAAACAGGAACAAUGGAUUUAGAAAGCAUAGACCGAAACAUUAAGGUUACUAUAGACAUUGAAUUAUGGAAUUUACAGAAUUUAGAGCGUCUUCUCCGUGGUAAAGUACUGUUCAAAAGAAGGCCUUGUUUUAAAAGAAUCAAUAGUAUUGCCAAUAAUAUUUGUACCAGAUGAUUUUUAUGCUAGUUUUAUUAUAGAUAGAAGGAACUAAUAACUAUAUGGUCGAGAAGAUGGCAUACUUUCCGCAUAUUUCUAGCGACAAUUCAAAUUUUACACGUUUCGUAUAUUAAAAACACUUAUAAUCACAAGGAAUAAAUAAAGUAGGAGUAAAUGAUUCUUAACAACCUAAGGGAUCAUCCUCAUCCAAAUAUAAUAUAAUUGGAGGAGAUUUCAUGUGAUGAUAAUUCUUUAUCAAUACUACUUGAAUUCUGUCCUGGUGGUGACUUUCUUAAGUAUUUAAACCAAAAUAACCACAAUAUCAACCAUUAAUUGGUGAUGAAAAAAUUAUUAAACGGUAUAUAUAAAUAAAAUCAUUAUAUUAGUUGUUUAACACCUUCAUUCAUUGGAUAUAUUGCAUCGAGAUAUUAAACUUUAAAAUGUAUUAUUAAGAAUACCUAAUGAUGUCAGCAGUCUUGUGUUAGCAGAUUUUGGAUUGGCUUGUCAUAAGUCUUAGAUUUCUUAUUAUAAUACAAGGUAUAAUGAUAUAAUAUUUAUAUCAUUAGAUGUGGAACACCUGGUUACACAGCUCCUGAGGUUUUCACAUAAAACAUAUAUGAUACUAAGGCUGACAUAUUUAGUUGUGGUGUAAUGUUCUUUAAUUUGUAAUUUAUUUAUUAAAUUUAUAGAUUAACAUUGAAGAAUCCUUUUGGGUCUUCUAAAAACCCAUAAACAUUGCUUUUAAAAAAUAUAGCUGUUGACUAUGAUUUGACUCACUUAGAUCUUAUUAAAACAAAAAAUCCUUUGGCUUGUGAUUUAGUUUUACAGAUGCUUUAAAAGGAUCCUAAAUUAAGACCUUCUGCUAUGUAAUGCUUAUAGCAUCCAUUUUUUAAUUAAGUGAUUUUUGAAUAAAAAGAUGAUUCUACUUUAGACAAUAUUUAGUAAACCAUUAAAAUUACAUUUAAGAUUUAACAAUCCUAUCCAUCAAGCAGUGAAAGUAAACUAAACUAAGCCUCACCAAAUGCCAUAGUUUAAAUGAU